AUGGCAUCUAAAGGGAUUUCCCAAGCAUUCGUGCAACUAACUUCGCCAGAAGAAGGAAACUGGCUUUCCCUCGGGCGCGCAUUGACAUCCGUACUUUGUAAAGGUCUUCGUCCAUACAUUACAAGGGAGAUGAAUAACUUUUAUAACAACAUCACAGCCUCAAUUACAGCACUAUGCGCGAGACCCUGUACCUGUGUCUAUGAUCCAAGCAGGAAAAAGAACCAGUACCACGACAUGAGCACGUGUGCAUGGGCAACACUUCUCCAGAGCUCUCACCUAGGGAACAAGCCAAACUGGAAGCAAAGCGACCCCCGUAAAUGGUUGGAUCGCAAUAAAGGUAAAUGGGAGAUAGCGAAGCUCUUUCUCCCAGAUUUUGGAGGACAUACUGUGAUAGAAAACGCCGAGGACAUGGACAUUACUGGUAUUCUAAAUCUGAUGUUCUGGUGCAAUCACUUUACUGUUCAGCGGUCGGUGAUUAAAGAUGUCCGAGAAACCCGAAACACAAAAUGGGUGCAUGUUCCGAGUUUAGAGUUGUCCGAAGCAGAAAAAAGGGCUGCCUUUCAAACUAUCGAGAGGCUUCUCCAAGAUCCAGUAUUUGGGGGAGAUCCAGAUGCACAGGGCGCUCUACGAGAUAUUUUAGCCCUCAAGUGUACUUCGGAUGUACACAUAUUCAAAGCCGAAGUCUUAUCUCAUUUCAAGGAGGCAAUUCGCAACGAUAUUUCAAGUCUUAAGAGUGAGAUGAAGAAGUCGUUAAGAAAGCAAUCCAAGAAAGACAAAAAGCAAAGAGCGCGUGUGGAAGGACAACUACGUAAUUUGAAUAAAGCCUUAGAUAAGGUAGACAAAAAACACCCAACAUCCUUGUCUAGCCUUGUUCAAAUUCUUGGGCUGCAAAUGUCGAUUAUCAUUUUUUUGAUCAAAAGGGUGAAAGGCAUACAACGAAAAUUCUUCACCCUUUGGCUUAAGUUAGUCCUCCUGUGCUACUGUAUUGUCAUUCUGGAUCACAGGUCAUUUAAGGAUGGUAUGUUUUUAACUGAAAUUAUUUUAUCUUAAAUAUUUUAAACACAAGAGAAAUUAAGAGUCAUGUUUUACGGAAAACGGCAAACGUCAGUUCCAAGUUGAGAAUUUCUCAAAAUAGCAAUAUGGUAAUAAUAGUACUAAAAUAAUAAUAUGGAUAAAAAUAACGUAAAAAUACUAAUUUUAAAUUGUAGAAGUAAUCAACAGUAAACGACAGGUAAUCAGGUGAAAACUUGGUCACGUGGUACAAAUUUACGUUUGCCGUUAAUGUCCACUCUUAACCUCUUUAGUGUUUUCAGCUGCGUUUCGCUUACUCCAGUAUAUUUUAGGUGCGCCAAGUGCUCUAUCACACGUUUUAGGUGUUCCUGUUCUGGUAUUUGUAAGUGGUGACUGUUAUUAGUCUUAUUGUACCAUUCCGAUCCCGUGAAUAUUUCAGCUGCUGUUUAUCAAAUGAUACACUUGUCUUUCUAUAAGUUUCUUUAUUUAAAGUUUAUAAAUAAUAUGCGAUUUUAACUUUUAGGAUGCCCCUCAGAAGAUAUCAGUGUUCCUUUUGACACCAAGGAGUUUAAUUUGACCGAUUAUCUAACUAUUGCUCGCGAAAAUUUCAUCGGUCGUCGGUGGUUAUAUCAAGAGAUAGAGAAUGCAUUCCUUCCUUUACGCCCGGGAAUGUCUGCUGUUUUAAUCAUCGGGGACCCUGGUGCUGGAAAGUCUGCCUUGUCUGCACAGUUGAUUUGUUCCCGAACGUCAAGCCGAACCAUCCAUGAUCAUGUAUUGGGGUACCACCUUUGUAGGCAUUCUGACAGAAAUACGCAGAACGGAGGCAAAUUUGUUCGCAGCUUAGCCGAUAUGAUAGCUCGCAGACUUCCAGAAUAUGGUUACAUUGUUGCCAACAAUUCCUACAUUCAGCGAUCGCUGACCACUGACUGCGUCACCAUUGACGAUCCCGUGGGAUGUUUUGAACAAGCAAUAUUGACACCAUUAAAGCGUUUAAAAAAUAAGCCGAAAGAGAAUUGGUAUAUUGUCAUUGAUGCGUUAGAUGAAUGCCUCACUCAAACUGAAACAAGCCACAGCAUCGUUUAUUUGCUACAUAACAAGCUUCCCCGUUUUCCAUCAUGGAUGAAACUUGUGAUGACAUCUCGUAAUGAAUCAAGUAUUUACAUGGCUUCAAACAGCGUAAUGAAGUUUAGUAUUGAUCCUGAAGAUAGUCGAAACAUGGAGGACAUUGAAGUCUUUUUGUCAACGAGGCUUCUACAAGAUGGCCCCUUAGUUCACCAAAUUAAACUUUGGUUUGGAGAUAAUAGCAUAAAAAACACAGCCAGGCUAGUUUCUGCUUUACUGAGUAAAAGUCAAGGGAAUUUCUUGUUCGUCAAGGAGAUGCUUCACCACUGGGAAACUUCCAGAGCUGAAAAAAGUGACCCCUAUGCACUACCUGAAACGCUGGGAGAAUUAUACCAUAGCUACUUCGAACGACUGUAUAGGAGGCCGCAACAAUUCAUACCUAUUCGACGAGUUCUUGAACUGCUUGUGGCAACAUUUCAUCCACUGUCUCGAAAAGAGAUUUUCAAAGUUCUUAAAACAAAGGAAAAACAUCUGGAAGAAGAAUACGAGUUUAAAAAUAGAAUGAAAGAGUUAGGGCACUUCAUAAGAUAUGGAGAGAACGAUACAGUGACAUUGUAUCAUCUCUCCUUAACAGAAUGGCUUACCAGCGAUAACAACAAAAAUGGUCCAUUUUAUGUCAGCAAAAAGAAAGGGCACGAGACUUUUUGUGAUUACUACUUCAGCUUAAUUUCUGGCCGAGACAAGUCAUCAUUGUCAAAAUAUAUGUUACUUCUGGCACAGCACAUAGCCUGUGGUGGCUGGAAGGAGUCUUACGUCCAAAAGUUUCUCAGUUUUCCUUCUCAGGUUGUCAAUUCUUCGGAUCCUACAACCAACAGGACUUUGUUGCAUCUUGCAGCGACCAUAAAUAGCACAGAUGUGGUGAAAUUGUUAUUGCGGCAUUUUAGCUGCAUCGAUUGUGUUGAUAAUCGUGGGAUAACACCUGCUUUCUUGGCUGCAGAGCAUGGGCUUGUAAAUAAUCUGGCGCUGCUGGUGACGAGGGGAGCCAAGGUAAAUCGUAAAACAAAGUCGCUAGCUUCUAUUAACAAAACAAAAGGAGAAGAGUCUGGUGACUUUGACAAUAAAGAAUAUGUUUGCACCCCGGCACUUCUUUCAAAGUCUAAACACUGGGCAUCCACGAUGUUGCACGCUGCGGCUCAUGGAGGGCACCUCGAGGUCGUUAACUUUCUAAUUGAAAACAGUGUUUUCAUUUCAACCGUCAAUGGUGUCAAUUUAACCGCGCUACAGCUAGCUGCUGAGAAUGGGCAUUUAGAGGUUGUUAAAACGUUAUAUAAUGCUGGUGCAAUCGCAGAUCAAACCGCUCUCCAUCACGCAGCUGCUAACGGUAGGUUAGAAGUAGUAAAGUACCUUUUAAAAAUCGGUGUGAGGGAUAGGUGCAUGAGAUGCGAUGGCUCAUUUUACUGGCUUAAUUCACGAAAACACCGCCUACAAAGCCAAGUUAAGAAAAACGAAGUAAGAUUUGUUAUAAAAAAGGAGUGCCUCGUGGAUGAAAUGCAGACAGAAGAGCAUUGUAUGGAACAAAAAGAACACAUCACCGAGGAUGGCGAACUUUUCGACGACAAACACCUAUUAUUUUGCGAAACUGCGCUCCACGUGGCAGUCUCAGCAGGCCACAUAGCGGUAGUCAGGGAGCUUAUUUCUUCGCCACAAGCAGGAAUUCUUUGUCGAGACUAUACUGGACGAACUCCUUUACAUGAAGCCAUUCGUAAAAAUAACACUGAAAUGGUGAAGCUGCUUCUCCAAAAACAAGGUGCUUUGGUGCAUGAAACUUGUAAUCAAUGGCAAAGCGCAGAUGAGCAUAAUGAAACAAGGCAAUCUUUGAUAUUGAGUUUUCAAGAGUCUCUAGAAUACCAUAGCGAUGUAUGUCACUGUGGGUAUACUCCUCUCCACUUGGCUGCCCGAUAUGGGCACUGGGAUAUCGGAAUAAGUCUUAUCAAUGGUAGGGCACGAGUGGAUGCUCCUGACUGUUUUGGUGCAACACCCCUUCAUGUUGCUGCUUGUCACAAUCAGCAGGAUUUCUUAAGUCUUCUUAUGCAUUCGAAAGUCGGUGCUAACGUAAACAGCAGAAGCUAUAAUGACUCGACACCUCUUCACAGCGCUGCCGCAUGUAGUGCCGUUGAAGUUAUCGACUUCCUACUAGUCCGUGGAGCAAAUCUCAGUGCAGUUGACAAAGAUGGUCUGUCGGUAUUGCAUUAUGCAAUUCUUCGUAUUCAAUGGAGUCAACUUGAUCGUAAAAUCCUUUUGAAUAGGACGGAUUUAGGUGGUAUCCUUCACUUAAUGACAGUUGACCGUAGAGGCCAUCUCGCAGCGUUUUAUGAUAAAAACAAAAUGAUAAGAAACACAGACCAGUACCGAUGGUUAGAUGCAUUUAUCAAUUUGAUCAUACGUGGUUCUGAUGUGGAUGUAGUUGACAAAAACGGUCGAACACCAAUGCAUAUAGCAGCGGCAAAUGGAUUGGCUGAUGCCGUCAAUGUUCUGCUUCAAAGAAAAGCAAAGCUCGACAUACCUGACAAGCUUGGUAAAACACCUUUGGAAGUGGCGGUAGAAAACUGCACGGCAGAAUCACUAACUUGGUCGUUCAAUCCCGAGGAAGAUUUUCACGAGUUGAAAGAGCAUUUGCGUGAUCAUGAAAUGGUCGUUUAUCUUCUCCUUUCAUCUGGGGCGUCGUUCAAGAAGUGCAAUCGUAACGGUAUUAGCUUGAUACACCAUGCGUUAGCAAAAAGGCAACCUUACAUCGCUCAACUUUUGUUGCUAAAGGGAGCUAGCCUUAACUGCAAAGAUUAUCUAGGAAGAACACCACUCGUUGCUUUCAUCAACAAUGGUGGAGACUGGGCGGCCUUUCCGUUUAAACACCUCAAUGACUCAGUAAAUAUUGAGUGUGGAAAGCCUUUUAACACAUCAGCCUUUCAUUUGUUGAGUUAUUUCCCGCCAAAGCUUCAGGAAAAUAAUUUCUUUCAACUAGUUAAGUGUGAAAAUGAUUUAUGUUUGCCAAAUAAGAGUCCUCUUGAAAGAGCUAUUGAAAUGCAUCGAUUAAAAAACAAGGUUAUCAAUACUUGCCUAGAUGCAGAGGGAUUCUCAGCUCUCCACAGAGCCGCACAAGGUGCUAAUUUUAUAGCUGUUCGUAGUCUUUUGAAGAUUGGUGCAAAUUUCACUCUAUUGUCUCCACAAGGACAUUCUGCGCUUACCCUCGCAGUACUUCAUUCAGGUGGGAACAUCUGGGAACAGCUUCUUGGAAGUGCAAAACUGUUAGCUAGAAAGGACAAUGCAUCUGUUGUAGCUCUUGAGCUUCUUCACCACGCAAUGAAAGCUCAGAACUUCCAGAUUGUUUGUGACUCCAGUAAAUCAGAUCUGACCCUUUAUCAUCUGGCAGCUUCUCGUGGAUUGGUAAAGUUUGUUCAAGAGAUAUUAAAACAAAAGGAACAGCAUCAGUUAGACGUGAACUGCCCUAACAAGGACGGGGUCACUCCACUGUUCUUAGCGAAGGUAUUUGAGUUUGAAUCUGAAAUCAAAUUUGCUAGUUAUUUUCUAUGGAAGAAAGUUGCAAGGAUAAUCGAAGACCAUGGCGGAAAAAUGAUGUUCCCCAGAAGAGAUGCUGAGUGUAAUAUCAUUUACAAUAGGUUGUUUGGCUGGAUUCCAAGUAAAAUGAAUCUCGACUUGAGGCCUGACGUCCGAGGUUUUGUGUCAAGAUUUGUGACUACCUUUCAGUCUCGCCAUACUAUAUUUGAUUGUCUUCUCGAUAACUUAAAGGUGCCGGAAAGUGUUCAGAUCGGAUUUCCAGAUACGGCUUUAAAAUUCUCAAUGCUGCUACUUGAUCAAUUACCACUACCAAACCAACGUGAAUCUUUAGACUUGAUGUUUUUGGUGUUAUUCGCCCAAAAUGAUAUAAAAAUGUGCCUUCGGAAGCAGAAUCGUUCUACAAGUUUCCUUAAAAAGUUUGUUUGGGGUUUCCUACCUACUUCGUCAUACAAAAGUGUCUCAAAGAAGACAGCAACAAGAUUAUUCUAUUUAAUGAGAAUGUGGCAAAAGGAGGUCUUUCAGCACUUCGCCUGUAUAAAAGCAGUUUUUAAGACGUGUGAACCAAUUUUAUUUGACAGCAAACUUCUGAAGCAAUGGAUUAGACAAUAUGAGGAAAGUACUCCAUUAUGGUACCUGGAUCACAUUUGUUUUUCACUAAAGCUUACUUUUUCCAGGUAUCUGCUUCAUCAUUUAUCAAAUAAUGCAUAUAGUGAAUUCCAUAUAUUCUCUCACAAGUUUCCAGAUUUCGUAAGAGAGCGAAUGGGUUGGAAUGUUAGUCACAUAGGUCACAACCCAUGGCCGUUUGAUUUCCUUGUUAAGUUUUCUUGUGAGCUCUACAGUCAAUAUGAUUAUUUGAAAGUUCUUAAUGUUGGGCUAGAGCCAAAAACUCAUAUCGCAAUUCAUUCUGAUGGCAAACACCGCCUCCCCCAGGACCGAAUGCGUCGGAGGGCCCCGAAGCAGCAUGACGCAUCAUGA